AUGGUAGCAAAGAGACGCGAUGCCGCAGCAGAUGGGGGCAUUGUACGUGGUGUUUUAGAAAGCAAUGUCAGUGGCACAUCCCCAGCUUUGAUCAAUCGCAAACCGAACGAAGAACGCCCUACGGUCACUUUCUGGGAUGACGAUCACGCUACAGAGGUGGAUUGGAAGAAGAGCGCAGCCAAAGGGGGAGCCCUAAUGUGCGCUCUCGAGGGCUCCGACCAGGUUGCAGGUCGUCAAAUUAGAGACACUCGCGAACCCCCAUCUGCCGCGAGUCGGUACAACAGCGAUCUCAAGACUGAGCUUCAUGACUGGUACUGGCGAGAAACUAACCCAUCGACGUUCAGCUGUAGUUUUUCUGAGCACUGGCACCUUGCGCACGCGAUGCGGUCACUCGGACUUGAUGGAAAACCAGCGUCAGAAGGCGGAGACAAUCAAUGCUACAGGAUCGAACAUUGGAAUCCAGAGAACAGGGAUGACAAGGGCAACCAGAUUCCGGCCAUCAACCAGUGGUACAGCGUCCCAGGUCACGACAAGCAGUACCGCGCAACGAAGGCACACUUCGAGUUUGGCAUCAACACCAAAGGCGGCGCCAUCUAUGGUCUUUUCCUUGAGAGUGCUUUAGCCUCUGCUAAGAGCAUUUGGGGUGGUGGUACAAAAGAGCCGAACCGAGACGAUCUUCCCCAGCUCCGUGCCUUUUCAGACAUUAUGUGGGCGUUCUGGGUUCGCAACAACCCAAACGUCAGAAACAUUCGCUACUUCUUCAUGAUAGGCAUCUCCAACGACUUGACCAACCAGAUCAUCGCUUCUUGUCUACGUGAUGCUGGUGCCGAGCUGAGCGAGUGGCCUGGAACUAGCUUCUCUACUACUACAGACCAAGGUCAUGCGCUUCUCGGCUCCCCUAACGGUGCUACCUUUGCAUAUUUUCUCAUGCAGCACAAAGCGCAGCUCGGCCAGAAGACUAUCACCAAGAUUACCGUUUUCAGACCAGAAACUGAUGACGACCUCAGCUUCGUCGACGCUUCUCUUUGCUUCCACGUGGCAGAUGGUCCACAGCCACCGCCUGACGAUGCUGCUAUGGCAGCUACCGAUGAAGCGGGCGCUCGAAGUGUGCAGAGGACAAGUUUGAGAGAUUCGAGAGAUGUGAAAGGAAUAUCAGUAAUCAGCAUGAUCAGGAUACAUGAAAUCUACAUAUAG